UCAUCCGUCUAUAUAUAUAUAUAGAAAAAACUCCAUAGUCCACACACAGAACAUUCCUCUUCUUUUUCUUUCCAAUUUUGUCAAUAAAACAUAAGUACUUGAAAAGUCUCUCACAGUUGGUGCGUGUUUUUGGUGUAUUAUAAGAACACAUCACACUGUGAUUGCGUGUGUUGAAAAAAAUGGCGUCAUCUAGGGAUCCAAUGGAGAAGAUACGGUCACGUCAGAAUUAUCCGAAUCACUGGCAUACUGAUCUUAUGAGAGCUACUCAAUCUGACCCUCUUUUUUGCUGUUUCUCGCUUUGGUGCGCCCCAUGUGCAUCAUACCUCCUCCGCAAACGAGCUCUAUACAAUGAUAUGUCUAGAUAUAGGUGUUGUGGAGGCUAUAUGCCUUGUAGCGGCAGAUGUGGAGAAAGUCAUUGUCCUGAAUUCUGUCUUUGCACGGAGGUUUUCCUUUGCUUUGGAAAUUCUGUUGCUUCAACACGCUUUAUGUUGCAAGAUGAGUUCAAUCUGCAGACAACACAAUGCGAUAACUGCAUAAUAGGAUUCAUGUUUUGCCUACAGCAGUUAGCAUGUAUCUGCAACAUUAUAGCUUGUCUCACAGGAAGUGAAGAAGUUCAAGAUGCUGCUCAGCUUCUGAACUGUUUAUCGGACCUUGUUUACUGCACGGUUUGCAGCUGUAUGCAGACACAGCAUAAGGUUGAAAUGGAUAAAAGAGAUGGAAAAUUUGGACCACGGCCAAUGGCAGUGCCACCAGUUCAACAAAUGUCUCGGCUAGAUCAGCCCUCUCCCCAGUCAGUGGGAUAUCCACCUGCACAAGCUCAAGGUUAUCCACCAAUGCAGCAACCUCAUGGGUACCCACCAUCACAACAGCAACCUCAGGGUUACCCACCACCUCAGCAGCAGCCUCAGGGUUACCCACCACCACAGCAGCAGCCUUAUGAAUAUCCACCAGCCAAUUAUUAACCCUCCUGUUUAUCCUGAAUGAGUUGGAACUUUCUUUUUCUGGCAGCAAAAUCCAUUGAUCUCUGCUUGAAUUUACUAGUUAGUACAGUACUUUUAGACUAUUCUUCGCUUUUUACCUUGUAAAAAAAUAUGGCAGUUCAGAUAAUAAUUGAGUCGUGUUGUCAGGGGCGGAGCCAAUGUAUUGAUUACGGGUUUAGCCGAACCCAGUAACUUCGGCCCAGACGUUAUAUUUGUCUUAAGAAAAUUAUUGAAUA